AUGAAGGCUUAUGCUAUAGCUCUCAUUGCCUGUGGUGCUACGAUUGUAGCUGUUUUAGUGGUGUAUCUGUUGAUCUGUCUUUGCAAAAGAGAUCCUAAGAAAGAAAAGAACAACCAAAGCUAUAGGCCAAGUUCUUCUCCUCUUCCUGUUUAUAGCAAUGUUCAGCCAAGUCGAGGAAUUAGCAAUAAGGGUACCAAAGAUGGUGGCAUGGUUCUUAUGGUGGGUGCUGGAGCUACUUUAGCUUCUGCUGCUGCUGUAGAUGUUAUCACUUGUACUACAGAUGGAAACUCUAAGGAUACUGGUGGUGGGGAUGGUGGUGGUACUAGCAAUGGUGGAGGUGCUGUUGGUGCUGGUAGUCAUGGUGGUGGAGGCGGUGGCCAUGGUGGUGGUGUCCAUGGUGAUCAUGGCCAUGGUGGUGGCCAUGAUAGUGGGGGUUAUGGUGGUGGCCAUGGUGGUGGAGGCGGCGGUGGCGGUGGCGGUGGCGGUGGCGGCGGUGGCGGCGGCGGAUGUGGUGGUGGUGGCUGUGAGCAACAAAGUCGAGGAGUUAACAAUAAGGGUACCAAAGAUGGUGGCAUAGUUCUAAUGGUGGGUGCUGGCGCUGCUUUAGCUACUGCUGCUGCUGUAGAAGUCAUCACUAGUAAUGGAAACUCUUGCGAUACUGGAGGUGGGGGUGGUGGCUGUGGUGGUGGUGGUGGUUGUGGCGGCGGAUGUGGUGGUGGCUAG